UGUGACGUUUUUAUAUGUGGUGAUUGCUGCACUGGAAAAUGGCGUUUGUGUUGUAUUGAAGAGCUGUAAACAUACGUAUUACUUUGUUCUUUUACUGACGUUUUCGUUGUGAGUUUGAAUAGCAUUAGAUUUUAAAGUAGUGAUAAUUAUAACGUGGACUAAUGAGUUUACUGACCGAUGUCUGCCGUGGCUCCCACUAUCCCCGGGGCUGACCCAGCAAAGGAUUUACAAAAACGCCGUGCUGGCAGUGUUGGGUCAGAUGAAGACGACGCAAGUGGUGGGAAAUAUACAAGGAUGGAGGAGGACAACAUUCAGGACAAGGAGAGAUUCGCAAGCCGCGAGAACCAUUGUGAAAUUGAACGUCGCCGAAGAAACAAGAUGACGGCAUACAUUACGGAACUAUCGGAUAUGGUUCCAACAUGCUCCGCCCUAGCGCGCAAGCCAGACAAACUUACCAUACUGCGUAUGGCAGUAGCCCAUAUGAAAGCCUUAAGAGGCACUGGCAACACUUCGACAGAUGGUACAUACAAACCGUCGUUUUUAACUGAUCAAGAACUGAAGCACUUGAUUCUAGAAGCAGCUGAUGGAUUUUUAUUUGUUGUCAGUUGCGACACCGGACGUAUUAUUUACGUCAGUGAUAGUAUAGCUCCAGUAUUGAACUACUCCCAGGGUGAGUGGUAUUCUUCUUGUUUAUAUGAUCAAGUACAUCCUGACGAUGUAGAAAAAGUUAGAGAACAGUUAAGCACUCAAGAACCGCAGAACACAGGUCGCAUAUUAGAUCUCAAGACGGGAACAGUGAAGAAAGAAGGUCAUCAAUCGUCUAUGCGUCAAGUGAUGGGCUCCCGGCGAGGUUUCAUAUGUCGUAUGCGUGUCGGUGGUUCUGCGGAAGGCGCUCACCUAGGAAGACUGCGUGCACGCAACUCGUUAGGUCCUUCGCAUGACGGUCAUAAUUAUGCCGUUGUCCAUUGCACUGGAUAUAUAAAAAAUUGGCCACCUACAGAUCUGUUUCCAGGUAUGCAGAUGGAUCGCCCUAUUCAGGAAGAACUUGACACGUCUCAUUGUUGCUUAGUUGCUAUUGGAAGACUGCAGGUGACAUCUACACCAAAUUCUUCAGAGAACAGUUUAUGUAGUGGAGGGGUAGAGUUUGUGUCGCGGCAUUCAGUGGACGGCCGCUUCACGUUCGCAGACCAGCGUGCAACGCAGGUGGUUGGGUACGCGCCUGCCGAUCUACUGGGGAAACUCUGCUACGAAUUCUAUCAUCCCGAGGACCAACAACAUAUGAGAGAUAACUUUGACCAAGUAUUAAAACUGAAAGGACAAAUUAUAUCGCUCAUGUACCGGUUUCGCACGAAAAACAGAGAAUGGGUUUGGUUAAGAACUUCUGCCUUCGCCUUUUUGAAUCCUUAUAAUGACGAUGUCGAGUACAUUGUUUGCACAAACAUGUUGGCUAACCGGUCAUUAGGUAGUACUACUGGCGAACCUGCUCCGGAAGAAAACUACGACUACCAUUUACGGCAUCGUGACGUGUACCAAGCUCAAGCUCCGAAUCUCCAUCAGCAACACCACGCUCCACCGCCAGUGAGUGGAGGCGGCGGAGUGACGGCGCGGUCGCCGGGCGAGGCGGGCGUGGCGCCGGGCGCGCCGGCCGCGCCGCCCUACGCGCCGCACUACACGCCCGACUACUCGCCGCACCGCCCCGCCAACACGCCGCCGCACACCACCUGGACCACGCUGCGCACCAGCGGUGGCGCUGGCGGCGAAAGCUACGCGUACAGCAGCGAGGCCGGCGGCGGCGCGGGCGCGGCGGACGCGUCGCCGGCGCGCUCGCCGCCCGCGCCCGCCUACCUGCCGCCCGCCGCGCACUACCACCACAACCACCACCCACACCCCUCGCACGGCAUGUGGUCGUGGCAGGGCGGCGCGGCCGGGCCGGCGGGGACGGGCGCGGCCGAGGGCGCGCAUGCGCCGCACGAGCUCACCGACAUGCUGCAGAUAUUGGACCAGAGCGGGACUGCUACCUUUGAAGAUCUAAACAUAAAUAUGUUCAAUUCGAACUUUGAGUAAUGUUAGUUGUAAAAAUGUGUACCUAAUUUAACUUGUGAAUUUAAGAACUGAGAAUAUUUUCGCUUCCAGCAAUGAUGUUUAUAAAGAGAAAUGACGUUGUACGUUAGGUACAUGUUUCUCAUUUAUAUCAUGAAAAAUUGGUUUAAUUAUUGGUCAUGGUUAAUAUUUCGAUUUCACAGUUAUAGAUUCAGGUCAAUUUUCUAAACAACUGAUUAUAGAUAACCUCACAACAAUAAAAUAGAACACAAACGACACGGUUAAGAAGGUAUUUCUUGAACUGAAUUUUAGUACUAUUUAUCGAAAUAUUAAAUUUUGUGUGAUGAUGAUUCUGCAUAGUCGUUGGAUUGAAUAUUACGUUAGCAAGAAAACAUUUAAGUGAUUUUUUUGUAAAUAGUAUUAUCUGGCAGCUACCAAAGUUACUUGAACAUAAUGUAGAAUACUUAAUCGACUAUACAGAAUUAACUCAACAUAUCUUUUUCUUACGAUUUUCAUGAAAUCAUGUGUUUUUACCAUAUAUUGAAAUGUACACACAUGAUUUUCGUUCGAAUGGUGCAACUAUCAAGAAUAAGCUUAAUUAAAGUAGUUGUUUUGUAUUAAUUUUAUACAUAAUAAUUAUGUUGGUUUUAAGUUAUAAUUAAGACUCAUUUAGAAAAUAGGAAUACGUAUAAGUAUUACUUUAUAGUUAUAAAAAUCUUUCGGUUGUAGUAACUUUAAUCACCAUUCCACUACACUACUUACGUAAAACUCAACUACAUUCUAGUUGUGGAACUCUAACGGCGCCUUUAAAUUAUCCGUAAACAGCCGCGUGACAGCGCGACGGCCACGCAGCUUAGGCUGGUUUUAGAGGCACGCUGACAGUCGAAACUUGUAUAAAGCGCUUUAGAAUCGUCGGUCGGUCAACGGAUAAAGCUACGGUUUGGUCGUCGUCUGACUACGCGCCUAACUAUGAGCGCUGACGGUCAGCGUGAGACUAAAAUCAGCCUUAGUUUUUCAUACAAAUAAAUGACGCAUGGUUGUAGCGCGGCGAUCGCGCGACAGACGAUGCGCAACUAAUUUGAAGGCAAGCGAAGAGGAGCGAAAUAAAUGAAUUAGAAAUCGUAACGUAAUUAAUACUCAACUUACAUCUUAUGUUUGCCAACCAUUAUUUUGUUUCUGCUACGAAACCAAAGACAUGCGUGCGCCGUGAAGCCUUACGUCGAAUGGUUUUGCUAGUUUUAUUAUUAGGUGGUAGCUUCAUUUUAUUUGUAACCACACCCUUGAUUGACAGCAUGUUUAAGUCUGGUUCUGUUUACUAUACAUACUGUAUACUACCUGGGAAACAUUAAAUGAGAGUUAUGGAGCCAUCAUUGUGAUAUAUUUUAAUCGAUUACUCUCAAUUCAAACUUUUCAACAUUACCCCUUAGGUUCAACAUAAAAAUUAUACAUUGUGUGUACUGCAUACCUUGGAUCCUUUGUUUUAAUUUGUUUGGAAAGUGAGAGGACACUACUUUGAACUUAAUUGUUUUAUAUUUAAAACAACAUGAUUAAAAUUCUUUACAAUUAUUGCUUCAUAAUUCAUUUCUUAAAGAUAAUAAGUAGAAUACAUUAAUGCAGAAUUACGAUUUCCAUUAAUAAAUUUCUUUAAAUAAUUUUUUUACCUAAUUUAAGAUAAUAAUGGAUUAUAUUUUUAUGUAAGUAAUAUGCAUUUACGGUCGUAUUUUCGUCGUAAAUAAAUUUUUAUUACUUUAAAUUGGUUGAAUAGGUAUACUUGAAU